AUGUCAGCUGUCGAGACGCAAGAAUCAUCUGUGCUAGCCCCCCCGUUCGUGAAACUCCACCGCCAGGCCAUCUACACGAUGUCUCGAACCGUUAAAAGGGGCUGGGAUGGUUUUCGAUCAUACUUUGGUCAGCUCGUUGGUGUUGGGAACGACAAUGCCGCCAGCAACGAUUCCUCGCACAAAGGGGGCUGGGCAAGCCUUCAGGCUCUCCGAUCCCACUUGGCUGGUAAACUGGUGGGAUUCAAGAGAAACGACAGUUCUAUUAGUCGCGGCCUCUCGCCACUGGUGCAGAACGAUGCCACCUUCUUUGAAACUGACCUCCGGUACAUCUUCACGAUCAUCCCCACAGCGGUGGGUAUUUCAGACAAGGACUACGAGGUGCUGGAUCAAGCGUCUCAUGAUUUUCUUUCUUUGCUGGACCGAAUGGUCAAUGAGUGCUUCAUCAUUCGUUCUAAACCGCUGUGGACCCAUGAAGCCAAACGGGAAUCACGGAAUACAACCCUCGGGAAAUGCUAUCCGCGAUUACGCGCCGUAGUCUCACAUGUAGAGGCUUCUGACAACCAGUUCAACUUGAUAACCGGCGAGGGCCCGUCGCUCUUCGUGCUUCCCGAAGGCCUGGCCCGGAAUAUUGCCUUGGAAUAUCUUGCCCAUGUGAAGAACACCUUGGACUUGUCUGUGAACGGGGCGUGGAAGGAGGAAACUCUCCAGUCAAGCCAACUACCGCCAACAGACCUCUCCACACAGGAUGUUUUAUCGGGUCGGCAUCGGGCACCACCGAAGCAUGCGAGUAUCAUUGUUAACACUCUCUUCAGAGACAUCCAACAACGCAAUUGCGGGAGCGCUCAUGAAGUCAGGUUGAAGGUGCCAAAGGAUUGGCGACUUGGGCCAGCGACUACGUUGAAUAUGCUCCUCUCAUGUUGCGUAGAUCAAUAUUGUUGGCAUCGAACUGAGUGCGUGACUUCAAGAGCCAGGAUCAGCGAGCGGCGAAUGGACGGUGUUUGCGCAGCUAUCCAAAGGGCUAAAGAGCGGAAGCGAAACAUCUACCUGUUGCUUGACAGGGAAGGGUUAUCCGAUAUUUCUGAUGAGAUGCCGGAAAUAGCUUCAGCCACGCACCUGUUAACUGCAGAGACACUCGGGGAACUGCUAAAUCAGAAGGCCCUCACUCCACUCACCUCUGCUGACUAUGGAGCAAGGACAGUGGUUAAGAAGCUAAGUUCCCAUGACAAAGCAGUCCUGGCUUUGAGCCUUGCGAAAUGCCUGCUGGAAUUUUUCAACGACGACAUGGAGGUCGCUUCUCGCAGCUGGAAUCCUGACAAAAUAUACUUUGUCAAGUCCACCAAAUCUCGAAGGGAGGAUCGCACCGCAUACAUCUCACUAGAGCCAAGCUUCCAACACGUUGGGCUGCCCCAGGAUACAAUCGAACUUGGCAACCCAAUUAUUCUCUCAUUCGCCAAACUCCUGCUUGAGAUUAAAUUCGGCGAACGGAUCACAGCGCGGAUUGAUUUUGAAAGUACUGAAAACCUGCUCACAUGGGCUGAGAUGUGCAAGUUACUUGACAGAAUGGAGAAGACUGAGGGAAGCAACUAUCUUCGUGCUGUAAAGGGAUGUUUGUACCUGCACUCGCACUGCAACGUUGCUAUGCGCCAAGUACAGGAUCCGGCAGACGAGAUGAUCCUUGGCGAUGUUAUUAGGAACACGAUUCAGGAACAGAUCGUGCGCGAGCUCGAGCUUAUGGUACACCCUGAGAGCUCCAAGCGGAAGAGGCGGGACUCUGUCUCUGAGCUUCCGUUGUCAAAGAAGCUUUUCAUCAGCACGCCAGCGCCAUGCAACGCCCAGCGAAUCGAGGUGCCUCCGCGGAAUGAUACACCGUUUGCUGAGCCAGGUAGUCGAACCGAUUUCGAUAUUGCAAUCAUAUGCGCCAUACCCUUAGAGUUCGAUGCUAUCGCUGCUGCUGUCGAUGAGUUCUGGGACAGGGAUUAUGGAAAGGCUGUUGGAGACACUAAUAUCUACACCAAUGCACGCAUUGGGAAGUACAACGUCGCUAUUCUUGUUCUCUCUGAGAUAGGGAAAGUUAGUGCCGCUACCGCAUGCACCCACAUCCAGCAGAGCUAUCCAGCAGUAGACCUUGUCCUGGUUAGUGGUAUCUGCGGUGGGGUACCUUUCCCUGGGAAUUCCAAGGAAGUCCUGCUAGGCGAUGUUAUUAUUAGCAGGCACGUUGUGCAAUACGACCUUGGUCGGCUCUAUGCGAAUGGGUUUAAGAUGAGAGAUACAGUGCAGGAUACCUUUGGAAGGCCGAGUGAGAACGUGCGCAAUCUCCUUUCGCUAUUUGACACCAAUAGAGGACUUCGGCGGCUGGAAAACUUAGCAAGCAGCCAUCUCCAAGAGCUCCAGGCACGAGCUAUUCAGGGUAGCCAGCAGGGCGGAUACGAGUAUCCAGGUGCCUCGCAAGAUCAACUCUAUCAACCUCGCUACGAACACCUGUGCCAUGGACCUUCUCCUACAAGGCCCCUGGAAGCGCCUAAGGCAUCAGCAUGCACACACAGCAAGUCUCGCAGAACAUUGUGUGAUGAUGCUGGCUGUGAUAGUGCGCAGCUCGUACCCCGAGACCGUCUACAAUUGAAAAAAAAGCAAGAGGAAGCUGGACUAGUGAAGGAAGCCCAGGCUCCGUCUAUAUUUGUUGGCACAGUUGGGUCGGGUGACACCGUCAUGAAGUCAGGCGAGAAACGUGAUGAUAUUGCUAGUACUCAUGGACUCCUUGCAUUCGAAAUGGAAGGUGCUGGGGUGUGGGGCAAGAUGCCCUGCCUGAUUAUCAAAGGCAUCUGCGACUAUGCAGAUAGCCACAAGAACAAGGACUGGCAGAACUUUUCAGCUGCAACAGCGGCGUCUGUUACCAAGGCACUUUUAAGUUUGUAUACACAGCCAGAUAAACAGGCUGCAGCAUAG